AUGCAAGUUGCUCUCGUUUUUCCAGUACUUGCCUGUCUUUUCGUGAAUUCCAUUCAUGCAACUAAGGAUCCAAACUCUGCACCAAAUCGUCACACAGCUGUUCAUUUAUUCGAAUGGAAAUGGGCAGAUAUUGCCAACGAAUGCGAACGAUUUCUCGGACCAUAUGGAUUCUCAGGUGUUCAGAUUUCACCACCCAACGAACAUGCUAUUCUCAAUAAUCGACCAUGGUAUGAACGUUAUCAACCUGUGAGUUACAAGUUACAAUCAAGAAGUGGUACCGAAGCCGAAUUCAUUGAUAUGGUCAACCGAUGUAAUAACGUCGGUGUUCGUAUCUAUGUUGAUGCUGUUAUCAAUCACAUGGCUGCUGGUGGAAAUCUUGGUACUGCUGGUACUUCAUAUAACACCGGAUCGAAAGAUUAUCCAACUGUUCCAUUCAGUGCAUGGGAUUUUGGCGAUUCGGUAUGUAAGAGUGGUAGUGGAAAUAUUGAGAACUAUAACGAUCCUGAACAAGUGAGAAACUGUAAAUUAGUUGGCUUACCAGAUUUGUUAUUAUCCAAAGAUUAUGUUGUGAAUAAAAUUGUCGAGUACAUGAACCGUUUAAUCAGCUUUGGCGUUGCUGGUUUCCGUGUUGAUGCUGCUAAACAUAUGUGGCCUAACGAUUUAAACAAAGUGAUUGGCAAACUUAACAACUUACCCGCAAAAGUCUUUGGUGAAAGCAAACGACCAUUCAUCUACUUUGAAGUUAUUGAUCUCGGUGGUGAACCAAUUAAAAAUACAGACUACACAUGGAUGGCUCGUGUAUCCGAAUUUCGCUACGGAAAAUUCUUAAGCGAAGUCGUACGAAAGAAAUACGGACAAAAACUUAAAUAUUUGAACAACUUUGGCACAGGUUGGGGUAUGAUUCCUGAUGGUGAUGCUCAAAUCAUGGUUGACAAUCACGAUAAUCAACGUGGACAUGGUGCUGGUGGUGAUAUUUUGACAUUCUUCGAUAGCCGUCUCUACAAAAUCGCUACAGCUUUUAUGCUUGCUUGGCCCUAUGGAUAUCCUGUAAUCAUGUCAAGUUACAACUUCAAUCGCAAUAACGAUGCUCAAGGCCCACCCUCAGAUAGCAAUGGUAACACGAACAGUGUUCCCAUUAAUGCUGAUUUGUCAUGUGGUGGCGGUUGGAUUUGUGAACAUCGUUGGCGACAAAUUUACAACAUGGUUCGUUUCCGUAACACAGCUGCUGGUCAAAGCGUUCAAAACUGGUGGGAUAAUGGUGAAAAUCAAAUUGCUUAUUCGCGCGGCAACAAAGCUUUCAUUGUUAUUAACAACGAUGACUACGGUCUUAAUCAAUGGUUCCAAACUGGUUUACCCGGUGGUCAAUACUGUGAUGUCAUCUCUGGUAAUCUUGACCAAGGUCGUUGCACAGGUAAAACAAUCACUGUUCAACCUGAUGGACGUGCAUCAAUCAGCAUAUCCAACACUGAAGAAGAUCCAAUGAUUGCUAUCCAUGUUAAUGCUAAACUUUAA